GGGCAAAAACAAGCUCUUGCGCAAGGCUGCGAGCGGCCAAUGAGGAGGCGGCUGGGGAGACCUGCGGGGACAGCCCGCUUACAUGUAUCUUCUCUUCCAGGAACUAGCGAAAUACGAGGACAUGGAGGAUCAAGUGGUGUUGACGGAGAAAGAGCUGCUUGAGGAUGGUUUUGGCGAGCAUCCUUUUUACCACUGUCUUGUUGCAGAAGUGCCGAAAGAACAGUGGUCGCCUGAAGAACACAGCAUCGUGGGUUUUGCCAUGUACUAUUUCACUUAUGAUCCGUGGAUUGGAAAACUGCUGUAUCUUGAAGAUUUUUAUGUGAUGGCUGAAUACAGAGGGCUUGGCAUUGGGUCAGAAAUUCUGAAGAACUUGAGUCAGGUUGCUGUCAAGUGCCGCUGCAGCAGUAUGCACUUCCUCGUUGCAGAGUGGAACGAGCCUUCCAUCAGGUUCUACAAGAGAAGGGGGGCCUCUGAUCUGUCCACUGAGGAGGGGUGGAGGCUCUUCAAAAUUGACAAAGAAUAUCUCUUGAAGAUGGCAACAGAAGAGUGAGAGAUGAUUCCAGCAAAUAAACCCUUUCUAUGAAUAUAUACUCUCUAUGAAUAAACUCCUUCUUGCUUUCUGUGUACAGUUUGUAGUGGAUUAAAGUAGCAUGGAUACUAAUAAUGAAAAUGCUUUGCAAGUGUGGUUAGAGUAAUUGGUACUGUGAUCCGGAGUUGAGGCAUCUGUGAAGUUGAAUUUGUGCUUGUGUACAUCCUUAACCAGUGUGGGCUUGUUAUCUUUGAAAUGUAUAUGAAAACUUCAUUCUUGUAAGUGUCAUUCAAAUGUGUACAAUGUACACACUGGUAGGGUUUGUUUUAAGUAUUUCCUUUUAUAAAAAUAAAGUGUUUUCACUUCAUGGCAA